UUGUUCCCAAGAAAGGCGUUGUUUUAGAGGUAUAUUCGUUCCAUGGUAUUUUAAGCGAGGUAAUGGUUUCCAAUGAAUUUUUUUUUACGUUUCCAGACCAGAAAUGUUCUCAACCAUCUGUGUAUAUAAGGGGUUGGUUCCAGAGAGGCAACAUUGCUUCAGAUCCUCAGAGGAACCUUCUGGACUCUCUUGUAGAGAAGUGACUUACUGCCAAGAGUAAAAAUGGUGAACUAUGAAGUCACUGUGUAUAACUCUGAAAGAUUAGCUGCCUACACUAGGGACUACAUAUACAUCACGUUGGUGGGGGAAAAAGGACCAAGCAAAACAACAUGGCUCUUUGGAGGAAAAUCCUUCUUAGGAAUGGAGUUAAAAGUUACCAUAACCACAGAGGAAUCUCUUGGAAAACUGCAGCAAGUAGUGGUUCAGAAGGAGAAGGGGCGUUUGUUUUAUUUUAAUGACAAUUGGUUACCAACAAAAAUAGAAGUCAAAACUGAGACAAAUGAAACCUACAUCUUCCCCCUGUACACCUGGAUUGCUGACAAUGAGAAACACUACUUCAGAGAGGGUCAAGCUUUUAUACCCUCAAAGGACCCUUUCGACUCAUCCAGUCGACAGGAAGAGCUUGAUAAUCGGCAAGAAGCAUAUCGCUGGAAAAUAUCUAGAAAAAGAAUACCUGAUCAUAUCAAAGCAAAAUAUUGCACGGACCUGCCUUUAGACGCCCGGUUCAUAUUCAGCAAGUUAACCGGUUUUGUGACUACGGGAGCUAUGGGCAAAUUAUGGGAAGAAUGGAAGAAACCCAGGUUUUUCUAUGAUAAUAAAUGGUCUGGUUUUGAUCAGAUCGGUGGGAUGAUGGAUUACAGCAAAAACAAAAUUUUGGACUAUGUCAAAAACAACUGGAAGGAUGAUGAUUUCUUUGGCUACCAGUUCCUGAAUGGUCUUAACCCCAUGGUGAUCAGACGCUGUGAUACCCUGCCUGACAACUUUCCUGUCACUGAUGACAUGAUCAGCCAGCACAGCAACGGUCCCUCUUGGCUGGAUCAGGAAAUGCAGUGUGGCAACAUAUUUCUGUGUGACUACAAGAUGUUGGACAAAGUAGAAGCAAGAAAAAUCGAUGGAAAGCAGCAAUACCUGGCGGCUCCACUUGUGCUGCUCCACAAAACAGCUGAUGAUAAACUGGUGCCUAUUGCAAUUCAGCUGAAACAGGAGCCAGGACCAGACAACCCAAUCUUCCUUCCUGCUGAUCAAGAUGACUGGUUGUUGGCAAAAACUUUUGUGAGAAGUGCAGAAUUUAAUUUGCAUGAGCUCAACUUUCACCUGCUGCGCACUCACCUGCUGGCUGAGGUCUUUGCAGUGUCCACGCGGCGCAACCUACCUAUGGUUCAUCCACUGUACAAACUUCUCAUACCCCACACUCGCUACACUCUGCAUAUUAAUGUCCUGGCUCGAACGGACCUAAUAUCUAAGGAUGGUGUCUUGACAACGAUGUCAGCUUCGGGUGGAGAGGGUAUGUUCAAAAUCCUGGAGGACUCCUUGUCCUCAAUGACGUACAGAUCCCUCUGCAUACCUGAUGACAUUGCAGAUCGUGGGAUGGAAAAUAUUCCCAACUUCUACUACAGAGAUGACGGACUGAAACUGUGGAACAGCCUACACAGAUUUGUUGCAGGAAUCCUGAAUCUCUACUACAAGACUGACGAGGACGUGGAGGAGGACCCUGAGCUGCAGAUGUGGAUAUGGGAAAUUUUUCGACGUGGAUUUCUUUCCAACAAAAACUCGGGAAUCCCAAAUAAAUUGACCACAGUGGCUGAUCUGGUCAAGUUCGUCACCAUGGUGAUCUUCACUGGCUCGGUCCAGCAUUCUGCUGUGAACUCUGGACAGUAUGAAUUCGGUGGCUGGAUGCCCAACCUGCCGAGCACCAUGGAACGUCCCCCACCGACCGAAAAGGGGAAAGCAAGUGAGGCCACCAUAAUGGAGGCACUGCCAGACAAGACGAUAACAUUGCGUGGCGCGGACACCUUGUAUUUGCUGACCCGGGAAUUUGCUGAUUUUGUCCCUUUUGGCAAUUACCCAGAGGAACACUUCACUGAGGAGGAGCCCCGCAGGCUGAUACAGGCGUUCCAAAAUGAGCUGAAGCAGCUGAGUGAUGAAAUCAAGAAAAGAAACGAGAAGCUGGAUGUCCCAUACGAAUACCUGGAUCCGGAAAAAAUGGGAAAUAGUGUUAGUAUUUGAAAACUGGAUGUUUGAACCUCGUUUCAACCAGAUUUAGAUACAGAUUCACAAAAAAAAGAGAAAUCAGGAGGAAAUGGUUUUUAUCGUUACUUUAUGGUCGGCGUGUUUUUUUUUCUUUGUUUAGUUAUAAAAUCAGGAAUAGUAACAGAAACGGCAGUCUAGUACAUCUUAGGAAAAUUUAAGUCAUACUUUGUGAUCUCACUAAGUUUACUUUUCUUUUUUUAAGCAAAAAAUGUUCAAUAUUCUUUUAUUUUCUAUGAGUUAUUAAUACAUAGCUUAAAAAUUUAAGGCUUCACAACCAACCCCAUACAUUUAUACACACCUAUCUGUUUAAUUAGAGUUUAAUCAUGAACAUGUGGGUUUUCAGGUGGCUUUAUUAAUACUUCUGGUCUAUGGAUGUUAUGGUGGGGCGAUUGUUAAAUCAUCUUCCUCACAGAUUUUGAAAUAUUAAAACAGAUUGUGACAGCCUGAAUAAUCUUAAUUGAAUAUUGCUUACAUGCAAAAUUCCCACCAAGCCUCCAACGCUUAAGUUACGUCCAACAAUUCCUCAUGUGAACAUGUCACCACCUACUGGUGAAGGGUGUAACUACAGUUAGUAAUGUAAUCUGUGAUUGUUUUUCUUUUUUUUUCAUGUAAGUUCAGUUUAAAUAGUUUAUUAUGUGUGUGUGUAAUACAUAUAUUCUAAGGUUUUUUGGGAGUAAAAGAAGAGAAUUAUCUUUAAAGGUACACAAAUUUUUUUCUGUAAUUUUAGUGAAAUAAGCUGUUGUUGGAAAAUUUUGAUCUCUCUUCUAUUAUAUCUUAUAGUUAUUUAGUUUCUUAGUUUUUAGCUUUCUUUACAUUUAUUCACAAUUUUAGUUUCUUAGUUUUUAGCUUUCUUUACAUAUAAUCACAAUUUUAGUUUCUUA